AUGAAGAUACAACCAACAAAGACUUACAAAGGAAUCAGAUGGCAAGCAUUAUUUUUCUUUCAUAUCUCUUGGCUUUGUCAUGCAGUCUCAGGUGAGCUUCAGUAUUCUAUUUUAGAGGAAAUGAGAAAAGGUUCACUUGUAGGAAAUAUAGCAAAUGAUCUGGGUUUGAAUAUUAAAGAACUGUCAAGUAGAAAUUUCCAAAUUGUGUCUCAUAUUUCAGAGAAAUAUUUUACUACCAGUUUAGAAAAUGGAAAUUUGUAUAUUAGAGACAGGAUAGACAGGGAGACACUGUGUGGAGCAUCAGACAAAUGUUUUUUAACCUUUGACGCAUUGCUGGAAAAUCCUUUAAAUGUUUUCCAUGUGAAAAUUGAAAUUCAGGAUAUAAAUGACAAUGCCCCCAAAUUUUUUCAUGAAACAAUAAAAUUGGAAAUUAGUGAAUUUACUUCACUUGGAGCACGAUUUGUAUUGCAAAAUGCGAGGGAUUCUGAUUUAGGAAUUAAUUCAGUUCAAAGCUACAGCCUUAAUAUUAAUGAAUAUUUCUCAUUGGGAGAAAAGAAAAAUCCUGAUGGUAUUAUAUUACCAGAAAUGGUUUUAGAAAAGUCUUUAGACCGUGAAACACAAAGUUCUUAUGAACUUACAUUAUCUGCUUUUGAUGGUGGAAGGCCUCCAAAAACUGGCACUGCAUUGAUUAAAAUUUGUGUUAUUGAUGUCAAUGAUAACUUUCCUAUAUUCUCGCAAGAUGUAUAUAAAGUUAAUUUAAAGGAAAAUGAACCAGUCAACACUACAGUUCUUCAAUUAAAAGCUAGUGAUAAAGAUGAAGGCUCAAAUGCUCUAAUCUUCUAUUCAUUCAGCAAUAUUCAAGAAGAUGCACUGAAGGUGUUUACCAUUGACUCAAAUAAUGGUGAAAUUAAAAUAAAUAAUAAUGUGGAUUUUGAAAAAACGAACACAUACGAGAUGCUUGUGCAGGCCCAGGAUGGAGGUGGCCUUGCUUCACAUGCUAAUGUAGUGAUACAAAUAACAGAUGUAAAUGAUAAUGUACCUGAGAUAACUGUUAACUCUAUAGCAACAACAAUCCCAGAAGACACCUUACCUGGUACAGUAGUGGCUCUUAUUAAUGUCUAUGAUAAAGAUAAUGGAGAAAAUGGUGACGUAAUAUGCCAAAUUAUAGAAACAUCAGCUUUUAAACUUUUAUCAUCAUCUGGAAACUAUUAUAAAAUAGUGACAGCCUAUGCUAUGGAUAGAGAAAAUAUAUCAUAUUAUGAUAUUACUGUCAUGGCUACUGACAAAGGAUCUCCCCCAUUAUCAUCUACAAAGAUAAUUAGAAUAGAUAUAUCUGAUGUCAAUGAUAAUCCACCUAUUUUUGAGAAAACAACAUAUGUUGCCUAUGUGCAGGAAAAUAAUCUCAAGGGAGCCUCAAUAUAUAAAAUGCAUGCUUCAGAUCUUGAUGCAGAAGAAAAUGCUAAAGUCGUUUAUUCAAUCAGCAGUUUGAAAAUGAAGGAAUUACCUGUAUCAUUGUAUUUGUCCAUCAACCCAGUGACUGGAGUUAUAUAUGCACAGCAAUCAUUUGACUAUGAACAACAUAAGGAAUUUUACAUCGAAGUAAUGGCUAAAGACAAUGGAUCCCCCUCUUUAAGCAGCAAUGCAACCCUGAAAAUUUGUGUUGCAGAUCAGAAUGAUAAUGCACCAUUAAUUCUCUAUCCUUCACCAGAAACUGAGGGUUCAACUUUGUUUGAAAUGGUUCCACUGGCUUUUGAACAAGGUUAUCUAGUAACUAAAGUGGUAGCUGUAGAUUCUGACUCUGGACACAAUGCAUGGCUCUCAUAUCAUUUUUUACAAGUAUCAGACUCAUCCUAUUUUAGCAUUGCACAAAACAAUGGUGAGAUCAGGACAUCCCGUUCAUUUCAAGAAAAAGAUGCAUUGCGUCAGAAAGUUGUUGUUAUGGUGAAGGACAAUGGAAACCCAUCUCUAUCAGCCACAGUUACAUUACAUUUUGUUGUUGCACACAAUUUUCAGCAGGCUCUUCCUGAGCUCAAUAACCAACCUAGAGAUGUUGGCUCUCAAACUAAUUUACAGUUGUAUUUGGUAAUUGCUUUAGCACUAAUUUCUUUCUUAUUUAUGUUGACUGUGAUUUUGGCAGUUGUUUCAAAAUACAGAAAACUUAAACCAGCAACAGCAGUCAAUUCUAUGAAUACAAAUAUUUAUUCUCAAGUUGAUCCAAGAUUAUUUUCCAGAUACAGUAAUGGUACGUUGCCCCUGCCAUUUUCGUAUGAUGUUUGUGUUUCAUUAGACUCUAAUCAAAGUGACUUCUCAUUUCUGAAACCAAACCAAAAUGUGCCAGUAGCUAAUCUUAUUGACUCUGAAACUUCAGGCACUGGAGUAGAAAAUGCUAAAGAGAUAGUACCUACAAGCAACCAUCUGGAGUCCCUGUCAUCUAAAGAGGACAUCAAAGAAGUUUUAAAAGAGGUCAGGGGUCUAUUUGGUGAACUGCGCAAGGAAAUUAGCCCCACCACUCUUCAAAAAAGACGAGACCUCCGUUUCAUUACAGACUCUCUCCGCUCAGCCGGGAUUCAAUAUUGCUGGGGCUUCCCAGUAAGCAUCAUUACCUCAAAAAAUGGAGAAACUGUAACGUACCGCACACCUGAGGAUCUUCACAAAAUCAAUGAAAAAUGGGGAUUAAAAAUUACCCCCCCAGAACUGGACACUGAGCCCACAGACCCUCCUCAACAAGACCCGAGAGAGACCACCCAGCACUGUUCCCAUCCAUCUGAAUGA